AGUUUUUUGAUUCCCUUCAUUCAGUUCGCAUAUGAUGCUCGCGUUGGCGUGUCGCACGUCGCACUCCCGCAUCACGGCCGUUUGUUGAUAACCGUACAACCACCGCAGGCACCGCAGUCAUCGUGUGCGUCUGGAAAAUGCAGCGGCUGCAGCGCGCACUCAAGUGAUAAAUAUUUCCGUGUGGUGCCAUCGACGACAUGCGAAUGUGGAUUACGACGCCUGCGAGCACAGGAUGAGCAGCUAGAUAACGCGAGAGGGAUCAAAAGAACAGCGAAAUAUGUUAUCUAGAAUUAGGACAAAUGUGACGCAUUUCUUCGAGUGUUUCUGCGAAAUUGUGCCGCCGAGCAAGGACAGAGACGCAUGGAUUAUACAACAGUUUCCGGACAACUACGAGGACGAGGAGGUGCUUAAGUCGGUGCCGAAGUUCGCCUAUCCGUGUACAAUCGAAAAUACUCACAUUCAACACUACUCUUUCGUGCUGACAGACAUCGAAUCGAAAUGGACGUUUGGGUUUUGCCGGCACGACUCGAAGUCGGAAACAGCGCUGGUUGUCCUCAGUCAUUUACCAUGGCAUCAGGCUUUUUACAAGUUCUUGGACAAAAUCGGCCUCCUGAUGCAGAGCACCCGCGCGGACGACCUGCGCGAAUUCCUCGUCGCCGUCUACGCACACAAACUAGCCGAUCCCGGAAAACCGUUUUCGGUUCCAUUUCAUCGCGGAAGUAGUACGUUUACGGUCGAAAGUCCGAAGCCGUUCCAACUUCCGAGCAUACCAGAAAACCGCAACCUUACGGAAUACUACAACGCCAUCGACACGAACAACAUGAUCGUCAUCUUCGCGUCGAUGUUGUACGAGAGGCGUAUUAUUAUCACGUCGCGAAAACUGACGCGGCUUUCUGCGUGCGUGCAAAGUGCCAACGAUGUCAUCUAUCCGAUGAUAUGGCAGCAUAUUUUCAUUCCGGUGUUGCCCAUGGCGCUUAUGGAUUACUUGCUGGCGCCGAUGCCGUUUUUAAUCGGUGUACCAGAAGAAGUCUUAAAGAAAGUUAAUAGAACUGAAAUCGGCGAAGUUGUCAUCUUGGAUGCAGACACCAAUAAAAUUGAAACACCAUUCGAUGAUCUAAACAAUUUGCCUAGCGACGUCGUAGGUUCAUUAAAGAAACAAUUAAAGAAUAGAAAUUUAUUACUGGGCGAUGGUGUAUCGCGAGCGUUUCUGCAAGCAUUGGUGAAACUGAUUGGUGGAUAUCGCGAUGCGUUGAAAAUGCGUCCCGGUCAGAAGGUGGACUUUGACAAGGAGAGUUUUAUUGAAACGCGGCCGCUGUCUUCACAACCGUUUCUGAGAGAAAUGCUGAACUUACAAAUAUUCCAGCAGUUCAUCGAAGAACGACUGGAAAUGGUCAACAAUGGCACAGGUUUCUCGGACGCAUUCGAACAGGAAGUUUGUUCGUAUUCAGAGAAAUCAUCCUCGAAAUUAAAACAACAGUAUCGUGAGUGGGCGUCCUCAAUGAAAAAGGAAGGUUCUGCGUUUAUUAAAAGCGUUAAAGAUAAGGCCAAUCCUGCAGUGAAAUCGGCUGUUAAAACCGUUAAAGAUGGCGGUAAAGGAAUGAAGGGCGCGUACAAAGAGUUUAAGAUGAAGUUAAAGGACAAUCAGAGUCCGCACCAGUUACGAAAUGGCGUGGAUAAAAUCGGCAAGCCGCAAUCGGCGCCCAAUUCCCCCACGGGAAUGCGUCGCUCGCUGGGUUUCGGUAAUCCGACCGGCAGCGAAAGGCCGUAUAGUCCACUGAGUCCAAUGUCGCCCGACACCAUCGACCAAUCGCGAAGCGUCUCGCCCACGAUUCACAUUCCUCAGAUGGAUCUUUUCAACGAGAUGGAGGACUACCUUAAGAACAAAUACGAAACGCCUCCCGUGGACCGAUCUCUGAAACCUGUGCGCAGUCUCGAAAACUUUAAACAUUCCACCGUAAACCACACCACCCCCAACAACAAUACCAGUCCCGACCGUUGGCUAUUUCCCUCCUCGCGCACAAGUGCGCCAGCGAUCACACCCCCGACACGCCUCUUUCACGCGCACAAACCACCCGACACGCAGAAUCUUCUGCAGUCGCCCGAUGACGUCUUCUCGCCGCCACCGGUGCCGGUGCGCAGCUCGCACGACAUUUUCGGCGCCACGCCCUUUGUGGUGGGCGGGAGGGAGAACGGUACGCCCGUCUUCCUUCUCGCCAAUCAGCACACCGUCGACGUGGUACGACUCACACCUCCAAUCAUUUCGCCCUAUCGGACGAAGAAGGCUGAAGACGACACGCAGGAUCUCAUCCGAUUGGACUCCUCCUCGGACAUGGACGAAUUCGAUCCGUUGAAGUCCAACAGCUCUACGUCGCUAUCGAACUCAUCGGUGAUCGCACACGACGGCAUUGCGCCGCUGAGCAUGUCAAAUCCUUUGUAUGACUAUGAUAGUCCCAGCCUGCGACAAAAUGGCGUCUCAUCGUCUAGCGCACGCUCCACGUAUGACAGCGAGGAUCGAGUACUGCUCGCCAAGUAUGGCCUCGAUAAAUUCGCAGAGUUUGGCAGCUUUGAUUCGAACACGUCGGUGAAGACGCAAAGUCAAUGGGCCAAAUUUGAUUAGUGAGACUAACGGUGUUUGUUUUUAUGUAAUUUUUUGUUUCUACAUCAGUCAAAAUUUGCGCCCGAAAAUUACUUUUGUGCGGGUUUAGUCAAUUUUAAUUUUAUUCAAAUUUAUUUAUAUUAAAGUAUACUCACUCAUCCGAAGUGCGGCGCAGUUUUACCAAGUCAUUUAACAGAUAGUUUUUCAUUAAUUUAUGCUAUGAUUCGUAAAUUAUUAAAAGCUAAAGGGAGGACACUAAAACUGAAACAAACUGAACGAAGACUUGAAACAAGAGAACAUUAUAUUUUAUAGUUUUAGCUGUGAUAAAUAAUAUUGAAGAGAAACUAAUGAAACCUUGAAGAUAUUGAAUACGAUGUGCAACCGAUUGAGAGGUGCAAUAGAUAUAAUAAUAUCAAAUCAACAUAUACAGGUUGCAGAUUGCAAGAAGUUUCGUAAUGUGAGUAACAGUAAUUGUACGAAAUAUCAAAUAUUUAUGCUAGCAAUGAAAAAAAAAACUUAAACUAAA